AUGUCUUCCAGUUCAGCAAUGAUCCGGAUCCUGAUUAAAGGAGGAAAGGUGGUUAACGAUGACUUCACUCAAGAGGCUGAUGUGUACAUUGAGAACGGUAUCAUUCAGCAAGUGGGAAAAGAACUGAUGAUACCAGGUGGAGCUAAGGUGAUUGAUGCCACAGGCAAACUGGUCCUUCCAGGGGGCAUCGACACCAGUGUUCACCUCCAGGAGAGCUUCAUGAAUGCUACCACUGUGGAUGAUUACUACAGUGGCACAAAGGCUGCUCUAGCUGGAGGCACUACUAUGGUGAUAGGUCAUGUCCUGCCAGAGAAGAACGAGUCCUUACUGGAGGCAUAUGAGAAAUGUCGCUCCCAGGCUGACGCCAAGACCUGCUGUGACUAUGCCCUGCAUGUUGGGGUCACCUGGUGGGGGCCCAAGGCACGAGCACAGAUGGAGUCGCUGGUGCGGGACAAAGGUGUAAACUCCUUCCAGAUGUUCAUGGCCUACAAAGACAUGUAUAUGCUUAGAGAUAGCGAACUCUUCCAGGCUCUUCAGAACUGUAAGGACAUCGGUGCAGUGGCUCGUGUCCAUGCUGAGAAUGGCGAGCUUGUGGCAGAGGGGGCAAAGGAGGCCUUGGACCUGGGCAUUAGUGGGCCGGAGGGCAUCGAGAUUAGCCGCCCUGAAGAGUUGGAAGCUGAGGCCACCCACCGAGCAAUCACCAUUGCUAAUAGAGCCCAUUGUCCAAUAUACCUUGUCAACGUGUCCAGCAUGUCAGCAGGAGAUGUCGUAGCCUCAGCCAAGAUGCAGGGUAAAGUGGUCCAUGGGGAGACCACCACAGCCCAUGCAGUUAUAAAUGGGAUGCAGUAUUAUCACCAGGACUGGGCCCAUGCUGCUGCCUUUGUUACUGUACCCCCACUGCGUCUGGAUCCCAACACACCCAACUACCUGAUGAGUCUUCUGGGGAAUGACACUCUGAAUGUUGUGGUGUCAGACCACCGUCCUUUCACCACCAAACAGAAGGCCAUGGGUAAAGACGACUUCACUAAGAUUCCUCAUGGAGUACCAGGGAUACAGGAUCGAAUGAGUGUGAUCUGGGAACGAGGAGUGGUUGGAGGGAAGAUGGAUGAGAACCGCUUUGUGGCUGUGACAAGCUCCAACGCAGCCAAGAUCUAUAAUCUUUACCCCAGGAAAGGCAGGAUUAUCCCCGGAGCUGACGCUGACGUGGUGGUCUGGGACCCUGAUGCGACCAGGACCAUCUCUGGUACCACGCAAUGGCAGGGGGGUGAUGUGAAUCUCUAUGAGAACCUGCGUUGUCACGGCGUGCCCCUGGUCACCAUCAGCCGUGGUCGUGUGGUUUAUGAAAAUGGCAUCUUCACAUGUGCUGAGGGCUCUGGAAAGUUCUACCCCCUUCGCACUUUUCCAGAUUACCUGUACAAGAAGAUGGUGCAAAGAGAGAAGUGUCAGGCUGUUAAGGGGGUGGAGCGUAGCCCUUACACUGGUGACGUCGCUGCCGUGCACAACUCUGGAAAGAAGGACUCGGGCCCUACGGAUGGACUCACCCCCACCCGGCCGUGCACCCGCCACGGUGGGAUGAGAGACCUCCAUGAGUCCAGCUUCAGCCUGUCUGGUGCCCAAAUCGAUGAUAAUGUUCCAAAGAGAUCUUCAGCAAGGAUUCUGGCUCCCCCUGGUGGUAGAUCUAGUGGUAUCUGGUAA